UCUAAUCUUUGCCAAUUUCAAAGGCUUAACGGCGAAAACUACCAGGGGAAUGUAUAUCAAGAAAUCACGAAGCACACCUAGGUCCCCCUCUUUAUAUACACUUGCCCUCUCCCUGCAAUUUCUCACGCAUUCCCCUCUUUCACACUAGAGCAUAUAGGACGCACCAAUGGCUCUCCCUAUUCUCUUCCUCUUCUCUCUUCUCACCAUCCCUUCCCUCAUUUCCUCUUCCUCAGUUAAGGACCCAGAGCUUGUAGUACACCAAGUACACAGGGCCAUCAAUGCUUCCAGGAGGAACUUGGGCUAUCUUUCUUGUGGAACCGGUAACCCCAUUGAUGAUUGCUGGAGGUGCGACCCCAACUGGGAGAAGAAUCGCCAGCGCCUGGCGGACUGUGCCAUUGGGUUCGGUAAGAAUGCCAUCGGGGGAAGAGAUGGAAAAAUUUACGUCGUCACAGAUUCCAGUGACCAUGAUCCUGUGAAACCUAAGCUAGGGACUCUCAGGUAUGCCGUGAUUCAAGAUGAGCCAUUGUGGAUCAUUUUUGCUCGUGACAUGACGAUAAAAUUGAAGGAAGAGCUGAUCAUGAACUCGUUUAAGACCAUUGAUGGUAGAGGUGCUAGCGUCCACAUUGCUGGUGGUCCGUGCAUUACUAUACAAUUUGUGAGUAACAUUAUUAUUCAUGGAUUGCACAUACAUGACUGCAAGCAAGGAGGAAAUGCUUAUGUAAGGGACUCCCCACGACACUAUGGGUGGAGGACUAUAUCAGACGGUGAUGGAGUAUCCAUAUUUGGCGGUAGCCACAUAUGGGUGGACCAUAACUCAUUGUCAAAUUGUAACGAUGGACUGGUUGAUGCAAUUCAUGGGUCCACAGCCAUCACAAUUUCAAACAAUUUCAUGACCCACCAUGAUAAAGUAAUGUUACUGGGUCACAGCAAUGCCUACACUCAAGACAAGAACAUGCAGGUCACUAUAGCCUUCAAUCACUUUGGUGAAGGGCUUGUCCAGAGGAUGCCAAGGUGUAGACAUGGGUAUUUCCAUGUGGUCAACAAUGAUUACACCCAUUGGGAAAUGUAUGCCAUUGGAGGCAGCGCAGCCCCAACCAUCAAUAGCCAAGGCAACAGAUUUGUUGCACCUGACAAUAGAUUCAGCAAAGAGGUGACAAAAUAUGAGGAUGCAGCAGAAAGUGAAUGGAGGAGCUGGAAUUGGAGGUCAGAGGGAGACCUGAUGGUGAAUGGUGCAUUUUUCACAGCUUCAGGAGCAGGAGCCUCUUCAAGCUAUGGUAAAGCAUCAAGCUUGAGUGCUAGACCUUCUUCACUUGUCGGUACCAUAACGGUGGGAGCAGGUGCCCUUAAUUGCAAGAAAGGGGCUCGUUGCUGAUUGUGAUGUCCAUUGAUUAAUUAUUAUGUUGGACCAUUGUUAGUUAGAAGGUGAGUAGAACAAUGGAAGUUAAGAAAAUGUGGAAGGUGAUGAAGACAAAUUAACCUCUCACUCUCAGUGUUUAAGUUUCGUUUCAUGGGCCGUCCUCUUCCUUCCAAAUUUUUAUUUUUUAUUCAUUUUUAUCCCUUCUUUUGUACCCAACUGUGAUGAUUACAACCUUGGCCUCUCACUCUUAGAGCCAUUCAGGAUUCUGUUUGAGAAUCUAGAUGGGUUUAGAGAAAAGAAGUGCAGAAGUGUUGAUUGUAUAGUAAUAUAUGAAUGUAUAUUCAUGUUUCUGUCUUUUA